UGAUUCUCACUGCCAACGACGUCGUCCCGCUUCUCUUUGUCGACCAACCGGUGCGAUAUGUGCCCUCCACCGUUGAUCGCCUUGCUCCGUCGUUGAAGCACAACCGUGUGCAUUCAGGUUUCAAAAGGCAUUAUGCUCAACAAUGUGGCUCAAAACCUCUCGUCGUCAAUGCAUGCCUUUUACAGYGAGGCAUUUCUCCAGAGUGUCUCCUCCACCACCUGAUUGUAGUGAAUCUGUUAUCCGAGUAUCUAACAACAUAACUCAUUUGGGUCGUCCUAAAGCUGGCUACAAGCCUCGACAACUCUUAUCCUUGCCCCCAUUCCCAUCUCAUCCUCUACCUGGAAAGAAUGUUUCUCCUGAUUCUCAUACCACUGCUAUUAGCUGGAUGAAGUAUUAUUUUGCCGAUGUGGCCGGCUCUGUGAUUCAGUCCCACUUUAACAAGGGUCUUGUGAAAAUGGAGUGUCAUUAUGCAGGGAAGCAAGGACAGACGAAACCUGUGAGGAUUAAGCACAAUGAAGUCAUGAAGACUGGUUCUACAAUUUACGUGCCUGUAUCUGUUGCUGAAUCUAAAAUCUCCAGAAGAUUUGAUACCAUACCAAGUGGGUCUCUAUGUCCAAAUGCAGAUGAAAUAGAAUAUUUACAAAGGCUUGUCAUGUACAAGGACUCCGCUCUACUUGUUCUGAACAAGCCACCAAAGGUUCCGGUUAAGGGGAAUAUGGCUGUUCAUAACAGUAUGGAUGCACUGGCAGCUGCAGCAUUAUGUUACGAUUAUGAUGAGGGACCUAAACUGGUUCAUCGUCUUGAUCGAGAAAGCAGCGGGAUUCUUUUAAUGGGCAGAUCAAAAGAGAGCAUCUCUCAUCUUCAUUGGUUGUUCAGUGAUGCCGGUAAAACAAAAUCCUCACUUAAGGCAUGGAAUGAUGCAUGUGAAGCUACAUAUCAAAAGUAUUGGGCACUGGUCAUAGGUACCCCAAAGGAAAAGGAGGGUCUAAUUUGUGCCCCUCUCACAAAGGUUCUGUUAAACGGAGGAAAAGCCGAGAGGGUAAUGCUGGCUUAUGGUUCUGGUUUAGAAGCUUCACAGGAGGCUGUAACAGAAUAUCGAGUGCUUGGUCCUACAAUAAGUGGUUGUUCGUGGCUUGAAUUGCGGCCACUUACACACCAUAAGCAUCAGAUCAGGGUGCACUGUGCUGAAGCUCUUGGUACACCAAUCGUGGGUGACUACAAGUAUGGGUGGUUUGUGCACAGCAGAUGGAAGCAAAUGCCGAGGACUGAUUUCGAGCCAACAAGCGGGGAAGCCUACAAGAUGAGAAGGCCUGAAGGGUUGGAUGUUCAGAAGGGAAGUGUAUUAUCAAAGGUACCAUUGCUACAUCUGCAUUGCAGGGAGCUUGUAAUUCCUAAUGUUGCCAAGCAUCUUGAGGUCCAAAAUACAUUAAAAUCAAAGACAAAUUGCAAGAAGUUGUUGAAUUUGAAGGGAGAUGUGCUUAGAUUUGUAGCAUCAAUGCCUUCCCACAUGAAGAUCAGUUGGAAUCUUAUGUCAUCUUACUUGGUUUGACCUUUUCACUUGUGUUUUUAUUUAUAGAUGUGAUCUUUCACUCCAAAGUAGGAUUGUAGGUGAGAUGUAUGUAGAUAUGAUAUGUUUUCGUGAAGACCAUGACUUGUGCAAAAAUAUGUGCGGAAAAGAUGGUUCAGAAUUAUAAUUACU